AUGACUUCCCACGGACCAAGUACCUGCUGCUACAGGGGGUUCAAGCACGAGGGCGAAGCGACGGGUCAAAUUGAACAAUGGAAGGAUUUCGAGGUCUACGUCAAAUACCCCGAGAACAAGUCCACGGACAAAGCGAUCCUCUUCUUGACCGAUGUCAUUGGCCACCGAUCAAUCAACUCGCAACUGAUGGUCGAUCAACUCGCCGCCAACGGGUACUUCGUGGUGAUGCCUGACCUCUUUUACGGCGACGCCAUUGAGCUGAACAAAAUCGGCGAGCUCGAUAUCCCCAAAUGGUUUGCGGGUGGGUACAGUGCCAAAGGCAUCGGACACGGCCCAUCCACCGUUGACCCGAUCGUCGAGACGUGUUUGUCCGAGAUGCGAGCGAAGUACCACUGCAAAAAAAUCGGCGCGAUGGGAUACUGUUUCGGAGCCAAAUACGUCGUUCGCUAUCUGCGUCCGGAUCAAGCGCAAAUCGACGUAGGAUACGCCGCACAUCCAAGCCUCAUCGAGAAGGACGAGCUGCAAGGCAUCAAGGGACCCUUCGCCAUCGCCGCGGCCGAGAACGACCACGUCUUCCCGCCCGAGAAGCGUCAUGAAAGCGAGGAAAUCUUGAAAUCCUUGGGCCUUCCUUACCAGAUAAACCUGUACGGCGGGGUUGCGCACGGCUUCGCGGUGCGCGGAGACCUGAAGGAUCGCACACAGCUGUACGCGAAGGAAGCAUCUUUCUUGCAGGCUUUGCAAUGGUUCGAGGAAUACCUGGAGAAGUGA